AUGUUUGAGAUUCGUUACGAAGACGUACAGAUGCCUAUGAAGCGUAAAGAAAGGGGAUUCUACACUCGAAAAUCGGUCUUCGACAUCAAUGCUCACCCGAAGAAACUCAUCCGUGUGAUGGCUGCUCUAGAGACGCUGCCUCUACAUAAACUAGGUUGGGACACCACGAUGCACGCGCUUGCCAAGGACCAAGAUAUCGCCAACGUCGACCCUCAGUCGCUACCGCUGUCCCACGCGAUCCCGUAUCAAGGAGCUGCGAUGGAUCACUACUUUGUCAUAGGCAUGCCGCCCGCGAAGUCGAAGACUGACGCCCCAGUCCCUACCGGCGAUCCACAACCCGAAUUCUUUGUACUGUACGAGAGCCUGAGCCUGUUUCGCGGAGAGUUUAUUGUGGGUCGUGCAACACGCGUAUGGAAAGCGUGGUCGUGGAGCGACAUGCACCUGCCCAAGGAGAAACGUGCACUCUACAUCAUCAAAGACACGUGGCGUGACGCAGAGCGUGGCCUUGAGGGCGACAUAUACGACAUACUCGAGCAUUGCGAAGGUGUUGCUGUCAUGCACUCCUACGCAGCUGUCUUUAUCGACGGGAGCAAGGACACGACCCUAUCCUUCAUUCGCCGCGGCUUCGCUACCUCUGGCAACCAUAUCCAAGUUGCUGCUCCACAGAAGAUUGCAGACUCGGAUGCCAUUGAGGCCAUACCUCAUGGUACACCUGAGGAAAGGCAUAAGACCACGCGAUACGUCAUCGAUCAAGGCGAUUACCUGCCAGAAGAUCCCGACGCUGACGCGGAUCGUUGGCUUCCUCGAGAGCGAGUGCAUUCAAGGCUCGUUAUGAAGACGUAUGGCUGGCCCGCGAAGAAUGCGAAGUCGCCCUUGGAACUCGCGACUGUGCUCAGAGAUGCAAUCAAUGGACAUUACGGAGCGUACACGAAAGGGGUCCUGCACCGCGAUAUCAGCGCAAAUAACAUCUUGAUUGUUGUCGGCGGCAGGGGUGUCUUGAUCGACUUCGACAAUGCUAUCAUUCUGUCAAUACACGAAGCCAUACCCGAGGAUCCACUUACCGGGACGCUUCCCUUCAUGUCUGGAGAGCUGCUGGGACAUGUGUAUUUCCGACGCAAGGACGCCACUGGGCCCCCGGUGCAUUACUUCAUCCAUGAUUUGGAGAGUUUUCUCUGGGUUUUGGUAUGGAUAUGCCUUACACGGGAAGGCCCGGCAAAGCGUCGACGUGACUUAUCGUCGACGCAACAAAGCGAACAGCUUUCCGGACUUCGACAAAUAGUCAUUGAUCUAUUCGAGGGCGACAAACAUGUCUUGAUGCGUACCAAAAGACAUCUCAUCCACGUUGCUUCCGAGCGGGAACUGGUGGAUGACGAGCUCCUCUGCUAUGUGUCCGACUUCAUGGCGCCACUUAAAGAUCUCAUCUUUGAUUUCCUUGCUCUCAUCAGAAUUGCCUACAAAGACAAUCGUAGAGAUGCUCAAGCUGUCUACGAGGACGUUCUCCGACUGUUCGACAAGCACAUCAGGAGCCUAAAGGAAGGACACCCGUCGGAGCUAUUCAAGAAGCUCCGAGAGGACGAGGACAAACGGAGGGCUAAUGAUAUCGGGAACACUUGGGACACGUCGCCCAAUGCCAGAAGAACUGCUCAACCGUCUUCGGACGAUGAAACCGAAGAGACGUACGACGAUGACCAACCACUGUCUCCUACUCCCAAACCCAAGCGGCUGCGGCCGGUUGGGCCGCUCUCUGAUACUCGCAAUGCCGGCGAGGGUUCAUCGUCGUCGUCAUCGCCGUCCAAUGUCAAGUCGGCCCGUCGCUGAGGUCGUCGAGGGUUAGAGGUGUCGGGGCGAGUGGUUCGAGGGUUCGGUGUCAUCGUGUAACUUGAACGGGCGUUCUACAGAUCCUGCGUACUAGUAGCUACGAUGCUGUGUACUUACUAGACUGAGGCAGCUAUAUGUAUGGUUCCUUUGCGUGUCCAAGCCCCAUGUUAUCAUCCGACCAGCAAACAAGGUAUGGUGUGCUCUUGUAAGUCUACUGCCUCCGGAAUCACCGCGAAGGAGCAAACGCUUGUGUCCAACAUUGAAGUGAGACGGGACCCUUGGAUGACCGUUGUUCACGGCAAGAUCAAUAUAUUCAACGGGAGUCUGACCGAGUUCUUCAAUGGCCGCAAUGUGAAACCAAACAUCUAUUGAAGCUAUCAUCGACGCAUAAUCACGUCGAGCAGCAGCUCGCG